AUGGCAUAUUAAAAAAUUGUUUUAAUAGCUCUGAUUUGUGUUGUCACAUGUACAAGGAUUGAAAAUAAUUAAGGGGUGAUGGAUUAAUAUGUGAAUACAGGUGUUUAAUAGUAGAUAGAGGAAUUAACAUAAUCAAAGAUUGGACAUUUUGUGGUAGAUUUGGCUGAAGUUUCAAUGAGAGUAACAGGAGCUAUUGAUUCACUAAGAGAUGGUGUUAAAGCAUUUGGAAGAUAAAUUGAAGAGAGAUUGAAAUUAGAAAAUACAUAAUGGGAAGCAGUUGAAGGUGAACAUAAUGCCAAAGUUAUAUCACUUAGUUCAUAAGCUAAUUAAGCUGAAUUUGAUAUCAAUAGAGAAAAGAAAGUAUUGAAUUCUGAAUUGAUUCCUAGACUUCAUGAAUUAGAUGAUAUAUUAUUAGGACUUAAAGCUAAAUAAACAGAUAAUACUUAAUCAUUUAAAGAAGCUGAAGCUGCAAGAAAUACAUAAAAUUAAUCAUUUCAAUUAACAACUACUGAAUUUACAGAUGCACUUAGAAAUAUAGAUGAAGCAUUAGAUUUAUUAACUGAUUUAUUUAAAUCUGGUGAUGUAAGAGCUGCUUUUAUUCAAAUUACAGAUGAAUAAAAACAUAAAAUCAAUAAAUCAUUGAAAUAAGUUAAAUCUAAUACUGAAAACUUUGGACAUUAAUAUUCAUCAUUCAUUUAAGCAUUAACUAAUUUAACUGAAAGAUUUGAUUUCAAAGAUAGAUAAGUUUUAAACGAAAUCUGUGAUUUCUUAAAUAGUUUAAGAUUGAAUAUAUUUGAUGCUUUAACCAAAGCUUAUAAAGAUGAAGACAGUUAAAAAUAUUAACAUUCCUUAAGAACAUAAUAAUUAACAGCUGAAAAAACAGUCUUUGAUUAAUAAUAUGCUGAUUUCUAUUAAGAAAGAGAAGAUAAAACUGUUAGAAUCUCUGAUGUCUAAACCAUGAUAUCAACCAGAUAAGCUGAUCUUAAAGCCUAUUAAGAUAGAUUAAGAACUCAAAAUAAUAACUAUUCAGCCAAUCUUAAAAUACAUGAUGAUAUUGUGGCUUCUGUUCAAUAAGAAUUAGCUGUACUAGCUAAAGCAUUAUAACUUGUUUAAACACCACCAUUCUUAGAUUUCUUAAAUGCAAGAAUAACAAAAGCAUGAGUUAAUAAUAAUUGAUAUCAAACUG